UGCGAGUGUGUGAGGGAGGAGGCGUCGGGGCCGAGCGUGGUACUACGACGGGCGCGGGCCGGAGAGGGCGGGGGGAUGCGCCGCGGCGGCGGUGGCGCGGGCGCUGGGGCUGGUGUUGAGAGGCGCCAGAGCAGCGGAUCCCGGUCUCGCCGCCGCAGGAGCGCGGGUGUCGCGCGCGGCCUGAAGACGCCGUACCUUUCUGCCCCUCACCUUUUUUUUUUUUUUUUUUAAAUAACCGGAACCAAUGAACGCAGCCGGGACCCGAGCUCCGGAGGCCGCCGGUGCCGAGGGGACCAGGCUGGCGCCCGGCAGGAGCUCGCGUCCGAGGCGGCGGGGGCGGCCCGAGGAGUCGCCGGCGGCGGCUGCAGCGCCUGGCGGAGCGGACGAGUGGCCGGCGGCCGUAGCGCCGCUGCGCUUUCCCCCUGCUCCUCCUCCGCGCCCUCAUCCUGCCGCGACGCCCGGCCCGGCCUCGGGCAGGCUGCGGCUGUGGCAUUGGGCUGCGCUACUGGUGCUUGGGCUGCUGGUGGCCGGCGCGGCGGAUGGAUGCGAGCUGGUGUCCAGGCACCUCGGCGGGCGGCGGGCCUCGGGCUCUGCCGCCGCAGCCGCCUCCUCUCCCGCUGCGGCGGCGGGCGACAGUCCGGCGCUCAUGACAGAUCCCUGCCUGUCGCUGAGUCCACCAUGUUUCACAGAAGAUGAUCGAUUCAGCCUGGAAGCUCUUCAGACAAUCCAUAAACAAAUGGAUGAUGACAAAGAUGGUGGCAUUGAAGUAGACGAAAGUGAUGAAUUUAUCAGAGAAGAUAUGAAAUAUAAAGAUGCUACUAAUAAACACAGCCAUCUGCACAGAGAAGAUAAGCAUAUAACUGUUGAGGAUUUAUGGAAACAGUGGAAAACGUCAGAAGUUCAUAAUUGGACCCUUGAAGACACGCUUCAGUGGUUGAUAGAAUUUGUUGAACUACCCCAAUAUGAGAAGAAUUUUAGAGACAAUAAUGUCAAAGGAACAACGCUUCCCAGGAUAGCAGUGCAUGAACCUUCAUUUAUGAGCUCCCAGUUGAAAAUCAGCGAUCGGAGUCACAGACAAAAACUUCAGCUCAAGGCGCUGGAUGUGGUUUUGUUUGGACCUCUAACACGCCCGCCUCAUAACUGGAUGAAGGAUUUUAUUCUCACAGUUUCUAUAGUAAUUGGUGUUGGGGGGUGCUGGUUUGCUUACACACAGAAUAAGACAUCAAAAGAACAUGUCGCAAAAAUGAUGAAAGACUUGGAGAGUUUACAAACCGCAGAGCAAAGUCUCAUGGACUUACAAGAGAGGCUUGAAAAGGCACAGGAAGAAAACAGAAACGUUGCUGUAGAAAAGCAAAAUCUAGAGCGCAAAAUGAUGGAUGAAAUCAAUUACGCAAAGGAAGAGGCCUGUCGGCUGAGAGAGCUAAGGGAAGGCGCCGAGUGUGAGCUGAGUAGAAGGCAGUAUGCAGAGCAGGAACUGGAACAGGUUCGAAUGGCACUGAAAAAGGCUGAAAAAGAAUUUGAACUCAGGAGCAGCUGGUCUGUCCCAGAUGCACUUCAGAAAUGGCUUCAGUUAACACAUGAAGUAGAAGUACAGUACUACAAUAUUAAAAGACAAAAUGCUGAAAUGCAGUUAGCUAUUGCUAAGGAUGAGGUUGCUUCUUCAUAUCUGAUUCAGGCAGAGAAGAUUAAAAAGAAAAGAAGUACAGUCUUUGGGACUCUGCAUGUUGCACACAGCUCCUCCCUAGAUGAGGUAGACCACAAAAUUCUGGAAGCAAAGAAAGCACUCUCCGAGUUGACAACUUGUUUACGAGAACGACUUUUUCGCUGGCAACAGAUUGAGAAGAUCUGUGGCUUUCAGAUAGCCCAUAACUCGGGCCUCCCCAGCUUGACCUCUUCCCUGUAUUCUGAUCACAGCUGGGUGGUGAUGCCCAGAGUCUCCAUUCCACCCUAUCCAAUUGCUGGGGGAGUUGAUGAUUUAGAUGAGGAUACGCCCCCAAUAGUGUCACAGUUUCCUGGGACCAUGGCCAAACCCGCUGGGUCGUUAGCCAGAAGCAGCAGCCUGUGCCGCUCCCGCCGCAGCAUCGUGCCGGCCUCGCCGCAGUGUCCACGCGCACAGCUUCCUCCGCACGCCCCUCACCAGGUCCACGCCCGGCACCCCCAGCACCCUCAGCACCCACAGCACUCCUUGCCUUCCCCGGACCCCGAUAUCCUCUCGGUGUCAAGUUGCCCUGUCCUUUAUCGCAAUGAGGAGGAGGAGGAGGCCAUAUACUUCUCUGCUGAAAAGCAAUGGGAAGUACCAGACACGGCUUCAGAAUGUGACUCCUUAAAUUCUUCCAUUGGAAGGAAACAGUCUCCUCCCUCAAGCCUGGAGAUAUACCAGACAUUGUCUCCUCGCAAGAUAUCGCGGGAUGAGCUCUCUCUAGAGGAUUCAUCCAGAGGAGAGUCCCCGGUAACUGCAGAUACCUCGCGGGGCUCUCCUGAUUGUGUGGGUCUGACAGAAACGAAGAGUAUGAUCUUCAGUCCUGCCAGCAAAGUGUACAAUGGCAUCUUGGAGAAAUCCUGUAGCAUGAACCAGCUCUCUAGUGGCAUCCCGGUGCCCAAACCUCGCCACACAUCCUGUUCCUCCGCUGGCAACGACAGCAAAGCAGUUCAGGAAGCCCCACACGUCGCCAGGAUAAGCAGCAUCCCACACGAUCUGUGUCAUCACGGAGAGAAAAGCAAAAAGCCAUCAAAAAUUAAAAGCCUUUUUAAGAAGAAGUCUAAGUGAACCGGCUGACUUGAUGGAAUUCGUUCAAGGGGCAUCUUUAAACUGUUACCUCCCAUCCUCCACCCCCUCCCUUUUUUUUGUUUUAAUUUUAGGAAUGUAACUCCACUGGGGCUUUCCAGACUGGAUGCCACAGUGGAGUGUCCUAAGGGCAACUGUCUACUGUCUGCUUAUUUAAAUGACUAUAUAAUCAGUUCAUCAAGCCAGUUAUUACUGAGAAAUCAUUAAGAGAUGAGACAGUUUACAGUCAUUUCUGCCUAUUUAUUUCUGCUUUGUUAUUAGUGAUGUAUAUACAACAUUUUGUUGAAAGCCACUAUGGACUUACAAGCUUUAAUGGACUAGUAAGCCAGCAUGGGCUUGCAAAAAGUUCUUGUUUACCACACCAUCUUCUUAUCUUUCCACAGAGCUAUUUACAUCCUGGACUAAAUAACUUAAAGUAAAACUAAUUGCACUACCGUUUUCCAGACUGGAAAAAAAAAAAAAAAAUCUCUGCAAGUGAAAC